UGGGUCUGAGGUGUGUGUGUUGCGGUUACAGCCUGUCUCAUGUGUCAGUGAACAGCAGAGUCUCGAGGCAGCUGCUCUCUGCAGGUUUGAUGCCCCAUUCAAAGGCUGGUUGCUUGCGCUGAAAAUGACGCUGCCUCUCCGCCGUGUAGGAAUGGCCACCACUGGGAACCUUUCUGAAGAGCAGGUGCACUGCUCCAUCUGUCUGGACGUCUUCACCAACCCUGUAUCCAUCCCCUGCGGACACAACUUCUGCCAGAGCUGUAUUCUGGGAUACUGGAAAACAAGCCCCCUGUACCAGUGUCCCAUGUGUAAGAAGUCUUUCCACAAAAGGCCUGAUAUUAGCGUUAACACUGUGCUGAGGGAAAUUGCAGAGCAGUUCAAGGAGAUUAGGGUUAGAGGUGUAGAAGGGAAGGUGAGCAAAGAGGAGGAAGAGGGGAAGGAGAAGAAGUUGACAAUGGAAAGAAGGAAAAAGGAGGAUCAGGAGAGACUUCUCGAGAAAAGUCAGAUGCAGCAGCUUCUGGAGGAACUGAAGCAGAAGCAAGAUGAGGAGAGGAGAAAGAAAGAACAGCCAAAGGAAAAACCAGACGAGAAGAACCCUCUGCAGGAGGAGCUACCUCCGUUAAUCCCUCCUGCGUCAGUACCCAAAACCUCUCCUCCACCAUCACCUCAAGCCACAGCUCAGGGUCCACCAUCACUGCCCCAAACAUCACCCCCACCCUCACCUCACAUCCCUGCUUCUCUGUCUCCUCAAACCUUACCUUCACCUGCUUCCUCCUCGUUCCCACAUCCUUCUUGGGAGGAGGUCUUGUGUGACGUUUGCCUCGGGGACGGAAGGCCGAAAGCGGUCAAAUCCUGCCUCGUGUGUCUGACUUCCUACUGCGAGGAGCAUCUGAAAUCUCAUGCUGCCAGGUUCACCAAGCACAAGCUAAUGGAUCCUGUUGCUAACAUGGAGGACAGGAUGUGUCCAAAGCAUGAGAGGCUCCUGGAGCUGUUCUGUAAGAAGGAUCAGACUUGUGUGUGCGUGCUCUGUACUGAGACAGACCACAGGGCGCACUACACUGUCCCUGUGGAGAGAGAAUGGACUGAGAAAAAGGCACAGCUGAAGAGGACAGAAAUAGAUGUCCAACAGAUGAUCCAGGACAGAGUGAAAAAGGUGGAGGAGAUGAAACACUCCCUAGAGCUCAACAAAGCCAGCGCUCAGAGAGAGAUCGAAGAGAGCAUGCAGGUCUUCUCAGAGCUGGUGCGGUCCAUCCAGAGGACUCAGGCCGAGCUGGUUCUGGCCAUCGAGGAGAAGCAGAGGCAGAUGGAGAGUUGGGCUGAUGGCCUCAUCACUGAACUGGAGCAGGAAAUCUUUGAGCUUAAAAGAAGGAAUACUGAACUGGAAAACGUGGCUCGGACCGACCACAUUCAUUUCUUAAAGAGCUUCCCAGCCCUAAGCACUCCUCCAUCUGUUAAAGACUGGUCUGAGACCAGUGUUCCCACUGACAUCUGUGUGGGUAUGAUCAGGAGAUCUAUGUCCAAACUGGAGGCGACACUGAAUGAAAUGAUUGACAAACUGGCUGACAGCGAGAUCAAAAAGAUUCUGAAAUAUACAGUGGAUGUCACUCUGGACCCUGACACAGCCAACCCAUGGUUGCAGCUUUCUCAGGACAGACAUCAGGUGAGACACCUGGGAGCGUGGCAGGACCUCCCAGACCACCCUGACCGCUUUGACACGGUGGUCAUUGUCCUGGGCCGUGAGGGUUUCACCUCUGGGAGACAUUACUGGGAGGUCCAGGUGGGGGACAAGGAUGACUGGUACCUGGGAGUAGCCAGGUCUUCUGUCAACAGAAAGGGCAGGAUCUCUGUAAGCACCACUCAAGGCUACUGGGCUCUUGCCAUGAAGAAAGGCCAGGGUUACCGGGUGUCAACAUCUCCACCAUUACAGCUCCCCCUCGACCCCAAGCCCAAGCGAGUGGGUGUGUACGUGGACUACGAGGAGGGGCAACUGUCAUUCUAUGACGUGAGAGCUCGGACCCAUAUUUACACGUUCAAAGAUACAUUCACAGAGAAGAUUCUGCCAUUUUUCUAUCUGUACUGCUGCGACAAAGCCUCUGAUACCAUGGUGAUCUGUCCUGUGAAUGAGAAAGCUGUGAUCAAGCAAAGCUAAGAAC